CCUUCUUAAAGAUGGGAACCACCACCCCGGUCUGCUAGUCCAGAGCUACCACCCCUCAACACCAAGCAACAUUGUAGAGGCGUGUCAUCCAAGACAGCCCCAUAACAUCCAGAGCCUUCAGAAACUCAGGGAGGGAGGGAGCAGAGCAGACUUUGCCCUGCCUGCCGGAAACUGUCACUCAGUCGCCACACCACCAACGACACUGCGAACAGCUGAGGAACUUCACACCAGCCAGUCCAGCUCAGAGGUCAGUCAUGUGACUGAAGGCCUCGCCUGUGACAUCACAGCAGGGCCAGUGUUUAUAUAUGAGGUGUUCAUCAUGAAUUCUUCAGCACCACCUCCUCCAUCAUCAUCAUCAUCAUCACCGGCAUCAACAUCUACCUCAAUCAGAGCUGGGAAACAAACCCAGCUGAACUCCUCUUCAUCUUCUCACCCUACUCCUCCUUUUACUCUGUCUCUCGGAAGUCCUGAGCUGCAAGCAGAGUUUCUAAAAGAGUGUCGGAACAAGUUUAAGACUCACAGCGACGACGGUGAAUCCAGCGGGGUUUCCUCCACCACCUCCCCUGUGGCCUCCCCCUUCAGCCUCACUCCUUCCUCCUCCCCCUCCAGUUCAUCAUCCACCUCACCAUCCCCUGGCUUCAAGGACAGACAAGCUCGUCUGUCACUGUCACUGUCCAGCCCCGAGCUUCUUUCUGAACUGAAGGAAUCCAAAAACCGCUCCCUCCGACACGUCCCCGCGCAAAAGGGAAUGACCACCGUUUUCUCAGGGCGAGGAAGAGGAUCAAGACAGGCUGCUGACUCCACUACACCCACCAAACCAGCCAAUCCGAGGGUUUCUCGCUGACUUCAUGAGCAACGUGUCAACCAGACUAUGAACUCUAAUUCUCCGUAUUAAUUAUUUAAAUACAGUGUCACAAGCUAAAUGUUAUGAAUGCUGAAAGUGUAAAAACUCAUCACCCUCGCCAGUUCCUGAACCAUGUAGAAGACCCUGAAAUAAAGUACAGAACAAGGCUCUGCAGAUUUAUAUUUGUUCACCAAUUAAAAAUGUUCAGUUCAUUUUUAGAGAAAGAAAAAAUCAUUAAUUUAACCAAACAUCUGGUUAUGCAGGUUGGAGUGUGGACUUCAAUCCAUGACUUUGUUGUUGCUGGGUUAUCUUGUCUUACCACUUAGAGUUCUGAAUACUAAAGCUCAAAGCUAUAAGGAGUAAAAGCUGAUAUCCAAGAGGUAAAUGUUGAAUCAUGUAAUAGUAAUUAAGGAACUUGCGUAGCUAUUGCUGUGGAUAUAGCUCAGUGGGGAGUGUCUAAAGAGCAGUUCUUGAACUUUUUCUCUCUUGACCACUGUUUUUUCCCCAAUACUGAUUGGUAGAUUAGGAUGCCACUUUGUCACAUAUCUUUAAAAGUUGUAUUAUUCAUAUUAGACGUCAGGGUUUAAAACACUGGAGUAAAUGUACUGUAUGCAAUCCUUUCAAUCAAAAUGUUCAGUCUUCAAUUAAAAUGUCCAUUUCAAA